CACAAUGUGACCAACACAAUACUGAGCCGUCGUUAUGGAGUCGGGUACCUGUGCCGUGCGGUUACUGCAUCAGGAGUUUUACCAAUAUCUCAUCUUCCCUCCCUCUAGGAUUCCUCUUCAACUCCUACGACGUAUCUCACUUGUCGUGACAUUUACUGCUUUUUUUCGCGUCACGAUAAGUUAAAAGUUAGCGCGAUGGAGCCUCUUCCUAUUGAAGUCCUUCAAAUCACACUCAGCUACCUCUGCAUGCAUUGUCGAGACCCCAUCGCCUUCCCUCACGCAGAUACACCAGAGAUCCGGGACGAUAAGAGAGCACUGGCUUUCCUUUGCAGAACGUCACGGCGCAUAUCUGCCGUAGCCUAUCCGAUCUUGUACCACUAUUAUGCGACGGGGAAUAUCCAUCUUAGACAGACAGUUCUUACCAAACAAAAGGCUCUCGACAUUGUCCCCCAACCAAGCCUGAUUCAGGAAUUUACUCGUACCAUCCAGCAGCGACCUGACUUGGCCUCAUACGUGGAUUCUAUGCAGGUUGCAUCCCGAGACCUGGCCAUUAAUUAUCGCCUCUCGUCAGCCGACUCCUCAGACUCAGACAGCAGUCUGUCGGACUCAGAAGUGCCCCCCGAAGUGUGGACAGCUGCCAGCACAUUAUACGAUCAACAUUCAAGGAAGCCACAGGCACUAAUGCCGGCAAAGGACUAUAGCAUGCUGGAGGGCGAGAUGUCAGAUUUGGUAAAGGCUAUCCAGUCCUGUCCACGUUUGCAAAGCCUCCUCGUCAGCUACAGUGACAACGACCCUAUCUGGCCCGACACAUGCUGGCUGACGCUGAAAAUGCCCUCAAUCCGUCGUCUGGGCGUUAUAGUCGGCCCACUCAGACAGACCGCAAACUAUCUCGGCUUUGCCGCGAUGCAGACCAUGUUUCCAAAAGUCGAAUCCAUUCAUGCUAGCACGGGAGGCUUGUGGUUGAUACAGCGCCGCACGCUCCCUUCCAAAGACCCCACCAACUUUUUGACAAAGUUGAAGAGCCUCUCACUCUCGGGAAUACGGGACAAUCACUUGGAGGAGCUGUUGACUUGCCUUCCUGGCCUCGAACACCUCGAGAUCACAAACCAGAACUACGAUUGCUCCUGGCGAACGGCCCUCAAGCCAGUGCAAAACCGACUCAAGAGCCUUCACGUAUCCUAUCACCUCAAGCCGCACCAUGGCAUGAACUUUUGGGAUGUCAGGUACCGCCACAGUGAACGGUGGCGAUUAUACGGCGCUCUGGAAGAACUGUCACUCGACUGCCGGUUGAUCCGGGACAUCGUCACGCCUUAUGCCCCCGAAGCGAGACUGGCAUCUCUGCUACCGCCGUCUAUUCGUGUUUUUAGGAUCCGAUAUCUUCACUCUGCGAUGGUAGGGACGAUGAAGUACCUGGCAGACGUGGCCCCCACACGGUUUCCGCAUCUCAAGCUCAUCCACAUUGGGGUGUCCGAGUACGAAGCGCCCGGACAUGAGGGCAGGGUUGCAGCAAUGGAGAAACCGACGCGUCGGCUCCUUGCGGCGGUGGGCAUCGAGCUCUUGUGGACACAGGAACUUGUCUGGGAACAGAAUAGACCUGGAAGCUUCCUCUGGUCAGGAAUGAAGCUGACAGCGGACAUACCUCUUCCCGUUGUACCCGAGCAUCUGGUUAUUCAUUAACGCAGAGGAGAACAACGCAGAGGAAUAAUGUCCGGUUGACUAUCACGGGAAGCUCAUGUGUCGUUGGUAGCCAUGUACUUACAAUGUUUAUUGGCACAUGCUGACGGAGACAGAGUCGAGAAGAGUGUAAGUAACCGAGACGAGGGAUUUCUCAAGUCACAUUUACCAUGAGAUCACAUUCAUAGACAAGAGGCAGGGGAAGUCUAGCAACAUGCUGAUGUAAAAAUGCUCACUGUAUUCCUGGGAGCCUCAAACUAGAUGGUCCUAUCUAAUUUAGACAAUGUACAACUUACACACUCAUCAGCUCCCGAGAAUCAGACACCGAAAGUCCUACACAUGUAGUUAGGACGUGUGAAACUAUCUACUACAUC